GAGUCCUCACAACAAGCACUCUGCAUUGACUCCGGCUGCGGCACUGGUGCAAUUGCUGUUUGGUUGUGCGCCCUGGUCCUUUGCUCAGCUGCAUAGAGGACAGAUGGUACAAUGAUUGAGCUGGGCUCAAUCGAGGAGGGCAGCAGUCUGAUAGACGAGCUGAUGAAGUUGACAUCUCAGAGUUUAUGUCAGCUAGAGAUUAAAGAACAUUUUAACAUCAUUAAAGAGAUUGGCCGAGGCAAAUAUGGCCGAGUUCUGCUGGUCACCCACCGCUGCAAGGGGACACCAAUGGCUCUUAAAGUGUUGCCAAAAUCCUCAACCAAACUGAAAGGCUUCCUGCGAGAGUACUGCAUCUCCCUGCAUCUGUCGUGUCACCCCUGCAUCGUGGGACUGUUCGGAAUUGCCUUCCAGUCAAAAGAGCACUACGGAUUCGCCCAGGAGCUUGUCGUGGGACGGGACCUUUUUGCCAUCAUUCAGCCGCGGGUGGGCAUCCCAGAAUGUGCAGUGAAACGCUGCGCCAUUCAAAUCUCCAGUGCUUUAGAGUUCAUCCACCAGCAUGGGCUGGUCCACCGCGACAUAAAACCUGAAAACAUACUGCUACUGGACAAAGAUUGCCAGAGGGUCAAACUAGCUGAUUUCGGCCUUACCCAGAGACGGGGAACCCUUAUCUGCUUCAUAUCAGGCACGCUUCCAUACAUGGCUCCAGAGUUGUGCGCCAUAGUCUUGGAGGAAGGCCAGAAGGAGGUGAAAGCUCCUCCAUUAAGUGUGGAGCCCAGUCUAGACACCUGGGCUUUUGCUGUUUUACUUUUCUGCAUCCUCACAGGCUUCUUCCCUUGGGAACGUUGCAAUGAAAUUGAUGAUUUCUAUGAGGAGUUUGCACACUGGCGGCUGGAACCAAUGAAGUUCUCUGUGCCAUCUCAAUGGAAAAGGUUCACACCUGUGUGUAUGGAGAUGUUUAGCAGGAUGUUAGCGCUGGAUGCAAAUGAGAGGUGCUCAGUAGGGGACGUUAAAGGCUACAUGGGGAAAGACUGGGUUCGUGCAAAGGGCAUUAAUGGAUGGGUGGUAGAAAAUGGGCAGGUCAGUAUGCACACAACGAGUCCUUGCAGAAGUAGCCACGGGAGUGAACAGUGAUGGUGUCAAGUGAUUCUUUGAAUGGCCAAUGAGUAAUCACAAAUGUUUUUUUUCCAUUGCAACGUAAAGGACUUAAGCUCAUUGGUGGACUAAAGUUAUGUCAUAAGGGACUGAUGUAAACAUUGCUUCCCACAGUAUGAGACUUAAAAGUAUACUCAGGAAGACACUCAUGUGUCAGAGAAAUGGUAAAUUGUUUAACUAAUUUAUCGACAGCAUUUGUGAAAUAAAUGUAUGAAAAAUAUAAUGUUAAAAAAUUAUAUAAUGACAUUACAAUGGAAGUCUGUUGGACAAUGUUCAGCACCAGAAUAUUAAAAUCAUGUUUAAUCAUGUAAAAAAAUAAAC